UACUUUCCAAUCUUUUGCGUUGUCCUCGGCCUCCAAUGACUGCCACCCUCUCAGCUCCCAAAUGUCCGUUCGUCAUUCUCUCUUCAUCUUCAUCACCUUAACUUGCUUCCCAUCAUUCCUUGCUCAAAGUGGCGACGUUUCAUCAUCAUGUCCCUUAAACUUCACCAUCCUCCGCCCACUCUUCUCCGACCCCAGCCGUCUCCGCCCGGAGUGCCACUCCCUCCGCCAGGGCCUCCGUCUCCUCCUCUCCGACUACCUUAGACGCACCGGAUACUUCUUUCCACCCUUGAAUUCCUCCGAGUCGUGCUGGCAGUCUUAUCAAUCUCUGGUCCCGAACUUCAACAUCCGUUCCUCGUGUGGGUUCCAAACCGCUUGGAUUUCCCAAGGUUGCAUGAACUUGGCCACAAGGGCUGAUUUUGAAGCUUUUAUCCCGAACACUACCUUAAACGACAUCGUUUACAGUUGUAACCAGUCGUUGCCGGGUUCCGGUUGUGCUUCGUGUACUACAAGCUUGACCAAUUUGCAAACUUCGUACUUUACGCCGGAUAAUUCGACCGCCAACGUGUCCGGCUGUGCGGCCUACCCGUCUAUUUAUGCAGCCGCCUUUGAUAAUUACUUGGGACCAACUGAUGAAGGUACGGCUUCUUGUAUAUUUUCAAUUCAAAUCGGGGAGAAUGGUAAUAUUAAAGGUAAGAGCAGCAAACGUGGUGUGAUUUUAGGUGUUUUAAUCGGUGUUGGUGUUGGCUUAGCUGCUUUGAUUGGUGGGUCUUGGUUUGUUUAUAGAAAAUAUCAGGAUUCAAAGAGGAAGAAAGGCAGGGAUAGAAUCAGGAGCCUCGAGAUGGGUAGUUUAAGUGGUUCUGGGUUGGGUUCAUUUAGUCAAAGUACUCACUUGAUUAAGUUUACAUUUGAUGACAUUAAGGAAGCUACUAGGAACUUCACUAAAGAUAACAUUAUUGGGAAAGGAGGCUAUGGGAAUGUGUACAAGGGUUACUUGCCCGAUGGCUCUGAGGUUGCUUUCAAAAGGUUCAAGAAUUGUUCUGCUGCUGGUGAUGCCAAUUUCACUCAUGAAGUUGAGGUUAUUGCUAGUGUUAGGCAUGUGAAUCUGGUCGCUUUGAGGGGAUAUUGUACGGCUACACCCACGACCCCGUUAGAGGUUCAUCAGAGGAUCAUUGUUUGUGAUCUGAUGGAGAAUGGUAGUUUGUAUGAUCAUCUCUUUGGUUCCACAGAAAGGAGACUUAGUUGGCCUGUUCGGCAAAAGAUUGCGCUAGGGACAGCUAGGGGACUGGCUUAUUUGCAUUAUGGGGCACAACCGGCAAUCAUUCAUAGGGAUAUCAAAGCGAGUAACAUACUUCUGGAUGAGAAGUUUGAGGCCAAGGUAGCAGAUUUUGGACUUGCAAAGUUUACGCCGGAGGGGAUGACACACCUGAGCACUAGGGUAGCUGGAACGAUGGGAUAUGUUGCCCCUGAGUAUGCAUUGUAUGGACAAUUGACCGAGAGGAGCGAUGUUUAUAGCUUUGGUGUAGUGCUUCUUGAGAUCCUGAGUGGAAAGAAGGCCCUCACUAUGAGUGAAGAGAAUCAACCUUCUCUCCUGGCUGAUUGGGCAUGGUCGUUGGUGAGGAAUGGGCGAGCUUUAGAUGUUAUCGAAGAUGGCAUGCCAGAGCUGGGGCCACCUGAAAUUCUAGAGAAGUAUGUUCUGAUAGCGGUUCUUUGCUCUCAUCCAGAGUUAUUAUGUCGACCAACCAUGGAUCAGGUAGUGAAAAUAAUGGAAACAGACAUUUCAGUUCCCUCGAUCCCUGAGCGGCCAAUUCCUCUGGUAGCUCAUAUAAGUGACAUCGAGAGAUCCGUAAGCAGUAAUGGCUCUAGUCAGCUCUCGAGUCAUGCUGGCUAUCGAACGUUUACUUAUGAAAGUACUCCUCAUUCUAGCAGUAAGGAGGAAGGGACAAGUUCGGGCUUUUUCGAAUAGAAUUUUUUGAUCAGCACAACCUAACAUAACAGGGUCAUUUAGCUCUCCAAUGGUGCUUCAAAAGUUCAUAAUUGCAUCUGAUGUUGUAAAAAUACAAUAGAUUUACACUUAAGCUAGAUUCAUUUGAACUCAAAUGAUAUAGAACAUAUAUAAAUAGUGCCACAUUUACUAGUAUCUAAUGUUGUACA